CUUCACCCGCCAGUUUAUUCCUUCUUCACCUUUACCUUCUCUCUCAAUCCUACAAAACGCAAACAGCGGGUCUCCUGUCUGAACACACACUGAUAUAAUAAUUCUACCCUUUCAUCCCAUUUCAUCACAUCCACAUUAACCUUGUGCUCAGUUACGAAGUAGCUCUAAACAUCAUGAAGGCCGUUUUCUCUACUGUGGCAUUUGCCAUCCUAGCUACUGCCGCCACAGCUCAAUUCAACCCUACAGAUUUCCCUCCUGUCAAUGAAGUGCCCCCAAUCGACUCGCCUCAAAUGAAGCAGUGGCUCAAGGAUAUUUCCUUUGCUGAUGUCCCCACCUUCCCUACGCACACUGGAAAUCCACCUAUAUGCCCUACAAUCGAUAAAAUCCCUGCUGACCAGUGCUGGUGGACAUGUCAAACUUGCCCCGCUGAUGAUAUUGAAUCUUGUCCCACGCCUGGGACAUGGGGUCUUACUUUUGAUGAUGGCCCAACUCCUGAAACACCACCUCUGUUGGAUUUCCUUAAGACUAACAAUAUCAAGGCCUCAUUCUUUGUCAUGGGAAGUAACGUCGUCCGCAAUGCAGAAGUAUUGAGGCGGGAGGUUGCUGAAGGUCACCAUAUUGCCUCUCAUACCUGGUCCCAUCACGCUCUAACCACCCUCUCCAACCAGCAAAUCGUCGCGGAGUUGAAGUGGACUGAGAAAGCCGUUUUUGAUAUCACUGGUCUGCGCAUGAAGUACAUGCGUCCUCCAUAUGGCGAUAUUGACAAUCGUGUCCGUGCUAUUGUCAAGAAGCUGGGUUACAUUGUUGUUGAUUGGACAAGCGACGAUUAUGAUUCUAGGGACGUUGCCUUGAAUGCCAAUCCCUCAGGCCUUGAUGCAGCUCUUCGUAGGAUGACCAACAAUCUCAUGACCUAUGGUGCAAACCCUGGUGCCAAAGGUAUCAUCACCCUUGAGCAUGAUCUUUACCCAGUCACCAUCAAAUUUGCCCAGGCUAUUGUUCCUGUGGGUGCUCAGGCAAAGCUCAAGGUUACCUCUGUUGCUGACUGCCUCGGUGAUGCUAAUCCCUACCAGAACAGCGUCAACCUCCCUACCAACACCACCAAGACACAUGGUUCGCCUAGUGGAACCGGCAAACCUUCUGGUCCUUCUGUCCUUCCCCCCGGUGGUGGUGCCAAUGCUCUUACGAUGAACAGUGGUGUUUUGAUGGCGAUUGUGGCUAUUGCUGGCACUGUCCUCGCCGCCUUCUAAACAUGGAAAGAGACAUCUAUAGACAAGAUCGCUAGGGGUCAUGGUGGUCGUCCCUCGUGAGCUGUUCUUUGACAUGAACCACUUUAGAAUUUUAUAAAAAUAUUUAUUAUUAAAAGUCCUGUUUACUUGAGGAGACUGCGG